GCCAAUCACAUGUCACGUUGAAUUGUUGUGGAACGUGCGUUGAAAACGGAGUGAAGCAACUGGGAGAGAAGCUAACUGUUAGAAACCAACGUAUCAAGAUGGAGGUGGAGCAGCUCCUGUCUCUGUCAGGCUCAGCACUGGCCCAGGCUGUCAGCUCCCUGCUGGAGACUCCGGGCCUCUAUGUUUUCUCUGACAUUUUGGAGCUGCCUAAUGUCAGAGAGCUGGAGAAUGGCCCUCAUGCACCAGUGUAUCAGCUGCUGAACCUCUUUGCCUAUGGAACCUACUGUGACUACAAAGAGAGAGCAGCUUCCCUUCCAGAGCUGACCCCGGCACAGAGAAACAAACUGCGCCAUCUGUCAAUCAUCAGCUUAGCUUCCAACCUUAAGUGCCUCCCUUACUCACUGCUCCUUCAGCAGCUUGAGCUAAAGAAUGUGCGGGAGUUGGAAGACCUGUUGAUUGAGGCUGUUUACUGCGACAUCAUCCAGGGCAAGCUGGACCAGAGGAACCAGCAGGUGGAAGUGGACUGCAGCGUAGGCCGUGAUCUUGGGCCCAAUGAGCUUCCAAACAUAAUCAACACACUGCAGGAGUGGUGUACUGGCUGUGAGGCAGUUCUGUGUGGUAUUGAAGAGCAGGUCUCAAGGGCAAACCAGUACAGAGAGAACCAACUAAAGGUCAAAGUCCAAGUAGAAACAGAGGUCUCAAACCUACAAAAAACGUUAAAGGCGAGCGCUGCAUCUCCAUCCUCAGGCCCCGCCCCUGCCGGCGCAGCGUCCAAUCCAGAUGGAGACCAGCCGGCUGAGCCACGGGACCCCGCCUCCUCUCAGGAACCCCGACAGCCAGGCAAAAAGGCUUCAAAGGUGAAAGGACUGCGUGGGAGUGGAAAGAUCUGGUCCAAGUCCAACUGAGGAGGAGACGUGAGGACAGCCGCACUGAUGGACGCUCGCUAAUUUAUAGACUCAUCGGCACACUGACAGACGGCCAGAUACUUAGAAAACGACUCAAGCCAAUCUUCUUGGAGAUCCACGUCUGCAGAACAAACACACAUUUUCACUGGAAAUUUGAUCGAUGAAUCAACCGGAUUCAGAAAUAAACACCUGGAGGAUGAACAAAGCAGGUGUGGCGUCCACCUCUGCACAGACUCUCAGUGUAAAUAAAAGCACUUGUUAUACACGAGGACAGAGUGGUCUGCAGUAGGAAUCAGUUGCCUUUGACCAGAAACAGGAUCAGUGUAUCUAAAGUGUAUGUUUUUAUCUUUUUGUUUUGAUUUGUUUUCAGUUGAUUUUUGUUUUUUUGUUUUUUUUCUCGGCUGGGUUAAAACUUGUAUAAAAUCAGAAUAUAAGUUGUUGGAAAAAUAA